AUGCGGCGGGGAAAAGCGCUGCUCGAAGGAAGCAGACAGGGCUCUGUCGACGGCAACAGCAACGUGGCGACCGAUAAGGAACUUGUACAUAAGUGCCACAGUGAUCCAGGUGGUGGACGGGCACUGGGUGCGACGCCUAAAACUUACAGGCACCGUACCGCUUCAGGCGCACUUAGAAAAUGCGUCUUGACGCUUGAUGGAUACUCGUAUGUCAUAGGAUGA